UCAAAUAUAACAAUGUGCAACCAAAUGAAAAACAUUCAGGCCUAUGCAGAAAAGUCAAUAACUGUUUACAGGAGGAGAGACGCAGCCAAACCGCCCAAUAGAGUGGUGACGCAGGGAUGGCGUCAUGUUGUACCGGAACCGGAAGUUAGGCUCACACUGCUUCCCUCGAUAAAAACCCAAUAGGAUUUUCACAUAGGCUUUUGGAUUAUCGCCAAAAAUAAGCUCUGUGAUCAACAAAAGUUUACAAUACGAACAUGUUUUCUCCAUUAAGAUAAUUUUCACAAACGAACACAGGUUUUAUGAAGUUUGAAGCCUAAAUACAAUCGCCAGAAAUAAAAAGCUAACCGAAUGCUAUAAACGAACUACACCACGGUCGCUCGACUUCACGUCACCAUCACCGAGCUUCCGACAAACUUUUCCAAACUUGGAUUUAAAAACAUGUUCCAUAAUACGGAUUUACUCUGUGGAUGAAUCUAAAUCCACGUUUAUUUUAAUGUCUGGGAACUGUGCACAGCACACCUGAACCAGUUUAUCUGCGAAGUUUUUUUUUUUUUCCUGUUCGGCGUGAUGACGUUUAAUAUCCUCGACAAGGUCUGUAGUCUCAUUUAGCAACAUAUUAACAAUCACAUCAAUACACGCUUUAAAAAAUAGUCACGUGUAUUUCAUGUCGUAGAAUAAAACGUGAAAAUAUUUUGAGAUUGUGUUCACCACAGACGUUAUUUCAGGCUUUUAACCAAAAUCCCAUUGAUUCGGGACGAUGGAAACGGAAGCGCUAAAAUGCUAACUCGUUUCCGGGUUUUGGCAUUACAAAAUGACGUCAUCCCUGCGCCACUCUAUGGUGAUUGGCUGUAAGUUUAGGAAGCGCUUGAUUUGACCUGCAGCGGAGUUUUCUUAUAACAUCGCGGUCGAUCAUGUUCAUGUAAUCGUGGGCAGUCAAAAUCGUAAUCGAGAUCAAUAUUAAAUUAAUCGUGCAACCCUAUUUUACGGUGUGUAUUAGUACUGUGAUGAGGUCCAGCUUGUCAGAGAGAGGUAUUCUCCCUGCCACCAGGCGGCGCUGCUUUCUACUCAGCAAUACAAAUAGAAGAGGAAGAAGAUGAGAACAUGGCGACGUCCAUCUCUAGGACGUUAAAGCUCCUUCAUCAGAGCACAUGCAGCAGUUUAAAGUGUGUUGGGCCUUUCCUGGAUGUGCAAUGGCCCCAGGCUGCACUGAUUCCUGUUCGCACCAAGAAGCGCUACUUCAUCCCUCCGGCUGUGGGGCUGAAGGACAGGUCACACGCUGAGCAGGAGGCGAAGGCGCGCGCCGCAGGCGUGGUCAUCAGACAGGAGUACAUGGAGAGACCCAUCAACAUCUCGUGCACGGCCGGAGUCUUUGAUCCGUACAUCCCUCCCGAGGGCGACGCCCGUCUCUCCUCUCUGUCCAAAGAGGGGCUGAAACAGCGCACGGAGCAGCUGCGACAGAGCGCCGCCUCACAGCUGGCGAUGCGCAAAAUAAAGGACCACGACCCAGAGUUCUCUUCUAAAGGGUUUGCCAUGCGAGCGCAGGAAAUCUUCAUCGAGGCUCAUAUGGCUCUAACACAGUUCAACAAAGAGAAACUCCAUUCUUUGGUCACGGAAAGGUGUUACCCUGAGAUGGUUCGUGGAAAUCGGUAUAAAACGCUGCGCUGGCGCUUUGUCGAGUCUCUGGAGCCGCCGCGGUUGGUCCACGCCAGAUGCCCGGACAUGAUCACUAAGGGCAAUCUGUACGGUCAAGUGACGAUCCGCAUGCACUCGAGACAGACGUUGGCAAUCUAUGACCGGUUUGGCCGCUUGAUGCUGGGAGAUGAAGAGGAGCCCAGGGAUGUCCUGGAGUACUUGGUGAUGGAGAGACACCUGGUCAACCCAUACGGCCUCUGGAGACUACACGGCAAGAUUGUUCCGGCAUGGGCGCCACCUAAAGAACCCAUCCUUAAGACUCUUAUGAUCCCAGGCCCCAAGCUUAAACCCGAAGAGGAGUUUGAGAGUCUUAAUUAUGAGGUGCCAAAGCCCAAGGCAGUGCAAUGGCAUAAAUAAGCCAGAGGGGGCGUGGUGUUCGGUCAUCUUUGUACAGAUUUCAUUAUUGACUUGUGAAAUAAAUAAACCUAAUGUUCCUGAAACUGUAUGGCUCUCCAUGGGUGUCCUCACUGAACCACUUUCAACGCGUAGUGAAAUCUGGUAAGGUCACACCCGUGGUCAAUUUACAACCCAUUAGAAAAAGAUUAUAUAUUUUAUAUAUAUAUAUAAUAUAUUUAUACAUAAGGUGAUUUUUUGUGCAUAGUGUACACUGCAUCACUUUCAAAAUCACAGAAUUGCUGUGUCGCUUGUGCAUGACAUUUAUUUGUUGCCUUGUGGUGUGUACACUGCACAAACGGUUACAGAUGAGGUGUUACACAUUACAUCCGGUCAAAAUAAUAACCUUUUAACAAGCACAGUUCAUCAAUCUGAGGUAAG